AUGAAUGGCGAGAUCGCCGCGACCCAGCGGUUGGCUUCCGCGUCCCGAGACGAUCCCGCUUUACGAGGUGCAACCAUCGCCUUCAACCAACCUCCGCGAAAGGCACCACACGUAAAUCCCCAGCUUUCCGCUGCAGCCGCCGCCGCAGUGGCUACUUCAAUGAAUCGCAAUGCAGGUGCUAGACGCCCGACCGCGGGAUCUGAGUCAGAACAAGAAGUCCACUCCGUCAAGGAGUUGAUCGGGAAGCUGAACGCCAACCAGCGCUCACCGGCAAGCACCUCGGACCGUGGACGGUCUCCGGUCCCUACCUUAUCACAUCCCCCAGAACAGAUCGCCGCACGUCUCGCUGCCUCCAGGUCAUCCUCCAGAAAACAAGAACCGGCAUCCGAUGCCCCCAGACUCGGUGCAAUGCGAAGUGCGAACAGGAUGCAGGCCCAAGCUCCGACGGAGGGAAGGGAGCUACGCUCUCCUACCCCUGUCCGGCCAUUGCCGCCCAGAGAUUGUGUGUUUCGAAUGCUCUUGGACGAUGAUCCACGCUUUGAACCAGUGCCCCCGGUAGCGCGCAUCUCAUCAUCACGAUCUAGAGCCGGAAGUCGUGGGCAGGCCCCGAGUCCCCAUCCCUCUUCUAGCUCGCCAAUGUCCUCAACACCAUCCGAUGACUCGAAGCCGAAGCUUCCGCCACGGUCUACAAACCCUUCACAGGGCACUUUAAGAAAACCGGUCGCUCCAGCGACCCCAUUACGGGCAUCAACACCCAGCAUGGCCUCCAUAUCAGGUCUAUCUCAUACCAGUAGCUCCAGCGCCCAGGAUGGGUCAGAAGCCCUCUCCAAUGCCAUUGUGGCCUCCUCUCUCGCAUCUGCGCGGGCAUCGCCCGUGACCAAAGUACCUCCACCACCUCCACAACGACGGCGGGCCCGCUCGCUUUCGAUCCUCCAUUUGGCGCAUUCACCCAAGAGUGACCUGUCACGUACCCCGAGCCCGUCCAAGGCGAUGCCGAUGACUCUUCGCGGCAUGCCGAAGGCCGACGAGGUUGAUAGUGAUAGUGGCCGACGGCACCGGUUACUCCAUAAGCAUCCCCACAAACACCACGAAGGAGAUCGUAAACGGUGGAGGCAGGAGGUUACUGAGAAGGAGCGGAAGCGCUAUGAAGGCGUGUGGGCUUCCAACAAGGGGUUGCUCAUCCCUCCCGAGCGAGGCCAGGCGCGCGGUCCCAAUGGAUCCGAAACAUGGCCACCCGCCUCGGAGAUGGUGCUUAACCUGGUGGCUCGUGAGAUUUGGUCUCGGAGUCGGUUGCCCGCUGCGUCCUUAGAACAGGUGUGGGAUCUGGUAGAUCAGCAACAGAUCGGACUCUUGACGAAAGAGGAAUUCGUGGUUGGAAUGUGGUUGAUCGACCAGCUGCUCAAGGGCCGAAAACUCCCCGUCAAGGUUCCGGACAGUGUCUGGGACAGCGUGCGGUAUGUGACGGGCAUCAAACUUUCAACAGUGGGCAGGACACAAUGA